UGAAGGCCACGUUGAUCAACUAAGUCUGAUUUUCAGAUACAUGGAGCAUGACACCCCCUGUAGAGAGAUUUGUGAAGUUUUUGCCAAACCAAGGACAUAAGGCUCAAGAAAUGUUUGAAGGAUUAAAAAAGUUUCUUGAAAAUAAUAACAUUGACAUUCAAAAUUGUCGUGAUCAGUCAUGUGAUAACGCCUCUGCUAUGAGUGGGAGAUAUAAUGGCCUGCAAGCCAAAGUGGCAGCUGAAAAUCCUCAUGCAGUUUGGAUACCCUGUAUUGGUCAUUCACUGAACCUGGUUGGAAAAGCUGCAGCUGAAUGUUGUCAGGAAGCUCUCACAUUUUUCAGUUUUCUUGAGGCAGUUUAUGUGUUUUUCACAGCUUCUACACAUCGGUAUGCAAUCCUUACAGACCUACUGAAAACUGUUGAAUCUGGUCCAGUAUCGGUGCCAAAGAGGGUUUCUACAACACGAUGGUCCUGUCGAGCAGAUGCCGCGAAAGCACUUAUUCAAGGAUAUCACCCAAUCUGUGAAGCUCUUGCCAAAAUAGCAAGUGAUGAAAAUGAGCUAGCCAAAGCACGGUAUGAGGCCAAUGGGCUCCAUGACAAGAUGCUCAAAUUAGAGACUGCCAUUUAUGUUGUUUUUUGGCAUGACAUUCUUGGCCGAGUUGAUGCUACAAGUAACACACUGCAAGACCCAAAACUUGAUCUGAACACAGCAGUAGCAGUGUUGAAGUCCUUGGAAUGUUUUGUACGUGAAAAGCGAGAGUGCUUUCAUGUUAUUGAGAAGAAGGGACAGAACUUAUCUGGAACCGAUGAAUAUUUUCCACCACGCAUUCGUCACCGCAAUGUGCGCCUGAAUCCGUUGGAUUAUGGACGAUCUGAGGAAGUAACUCUUUCUCACUCUGAAAAGUUUCGUGUUGAUAAUUUUCUUCCAGUAAUUGAUCAGUUUUUGAGUGCUCUUAAUCAACGUUUGAAGGCCUACAAGAACACCUGUUCCCUUUUCGGUUUCUUAUCUGGACUGGAAUCACUGAGCUGUACUGAAAUAGAAGCAGCUGCAGUAAAAUUAGUUUGUGAAUAUAAAGAUGAUCUGGAUCAAUCACUUGGUGUUGAACUUGUACAGUUUGCAGCUUUUUUCACCCAGUUUCUGGAUGAUUAUGUUAAGACUGAUAGAUUUGGGAAGGAACAUUUCCUUUACAAAUUGCUGCUAGACAAGAAAGUUGCAGAUACUUUUCCUAAUGUUGAGAUAAUGCUACGGAUGUACUUGGUGAUUAUGGUCACAAAUUGCUCUGGAGAGCGUUCAUUCAGCAAAAUGAAGUAUAUCAAAAACAGACUACGUACUACAAUGCAUCAUGAUCGACUCAGUCACCUGGCUUUAAUGAGCAUUGAGUAUGACAUCCUCAGAGACAUUGACUUUGACAUAUUGAUCACCAAAUUUGCAAGGGCCAAGUCUCGUAAAGUGUCUGGUCUGUAAAUACAGAUACCGCUAUAGUUUUUCUAUUCUACGAAGAAACUUUGGUUUUGAUUUAAAGAUUGGCGGCACUGAGUAUGGGUCAUGCCUCCUAAUCACCUUCGAAAAAUGGUCA